GCUACCAGCGUAUUCCUCAGUAUUGUGAUAGGAUGCUACAUAAUGCCGGACAUCUGUCUAAAAGUCACCGCCGUGGGAGGAAGGGCGCCGAUUGGGCUAAGGUACAUAAAUUCUACAUUGAAGAAUGGGAUUUGAGACACCACAGGUUCCAAGCAAAUUUUGAUCAUGCCACGAUGACCAUGGAUGGUCGCAUUAAUCCGGGCUAUAUGGCGUGGUUCAAUAGGAUCACAGUGUCGUACCUAGUUCAACCUGCGACACAGUCAACGGUUGGGAUGAACGAGUCAGCAUCUUCUAUGAUGAAAUUGGUCGAGACCAUUCAGGGGAUAUGGCAUUUGACCUCUGAACACGACACAGACCCUCGAUUACGGCAGAUUCGUGCAAUGGCUGCUGAUGCGCUUCGUACGACGGACCUCUGA